AUUUGCGCCAACAACCUCAUUUCAUUUUCACACAAUGACCGAAAGAUCAGCCAAAAAGAAAAGGACAAGGACCACGACCGCGACUAGUGGCCAAGCGGAACCAUACCGGAAAUUUAAUAAAAUCUUCCGCGACCCGCCCGACGCUGUCGCGUUGAUGAAUAACCAGGAAGUAGUCGAGCCCGAAGAAGACGGAUCUGCCGUAACAAACGGCGAGAAUUCAGGAGAUGAUGAGGCAGAGGAGGGCGGUGGUUCAGGUGGAGAAGGCAGUUCACCCCGGUUUUGUGCUCUACGGCACAAUCGAGAUGGAACGAAUCAACGACGUGUAUUCGUGGCCACUUUAUUCCUCGUUGGCAGACUACCCGAGUUAAUGUUUGAGAUUACCAGUGAGAAGGACUCGUUCUCGACUGCGCGAGAUAGCAGGAGCUUCAGGAACCUGGCCCAGGAGCUUGCGGAACAGGAGCCAAUGCUGCGGAAGGUGACUGGUCUAGCACUGAGGUCAAUGUACACUCGCCUCAUCAAGAGUUAUGAGGAAUUAGACAAGAUCCUCGCGCUCGGGACAGGAAGUCGGUUCCAGCCCACUCUGCUUUCGGAUCUUGCCAAGCAGCUGUAUGAUUUGCACCGCGAGUUCACUGUCGUCAAGAAGCACAGAAGCAUGAGGUGGCUGAUCACGGAAGGAGAGCCAAAGUCCAGGAACAUCGACGCAAUCGUAAACUGCAUGCUGCCACUAAGCGCCAAGAUCGAAGGCAAAAGGAAUGAUACGCCUGAUCAGGCAGAAUCUGCCACGGCAUCUUCUAAGCAGCCACCACGUAUCAACAAAGAAGCGUAUACCGAGUCUACUGCCUUUACAGGAGAAGUGCGCCACGGCCUCAUGGGCACAUUUGAAAUAUCAAAAAGAAAAUUCACGGAAAUUGACCAACAGUACAAUGGACUCUCAAAUGAGAUGCGCCAGCUGAAAGAGCUUGUGACCCUUCAUCCGACUGACAACACGAACGCAAUCCUGAGCCAGGUACAGAUUGUUGGGGAGCAGGUUCAAAUAGUUGCGCAGUCAGUGGAGUCGUUGGCAGCUGAGGUCAGAAUGCUAACAGGCAAUUUCAGGAGUUAGUCUCAACAGUCUUCAAACGCGACCAAGUAUUAUGUAGGAACUCAUGGAGCGUUCUUGAAAGCACAUUUUUUUAAUAAAACCACUCUAUAUCCCAAGGCUCGUUGAAUGCAAUAGGUGCCGUCAUAACCACCCUAGUCUCAUCCCACAAAGCCCUAGAUGUAAGAUACACCUCAAGAGUAGGCGG